UUUACAGUUUUGGAACCUGGAGGGCGGGAAGGAACGAAGGAAGGACGGAAGGAAGGGGGUGCAGUGAUAGAGAGAGGUACAGAUAGAGAGAGAGAGGUAGAGAUAGAGAGAGGUAGAGAUAGAGAACAGAGAUGAGGUGAACAACAUCCUGCCAAUACAGAUUAUUCCUCUCUUCUGCUCUAAUUCACGGCCUCAGCAGCGGCUCGAUCCUCUCUCUCUCUCUCUCUCUCUCUCUCUCUCUCUCUCUCUCACACACACAUCCAGCCGUCCGUUGCCGCAUGCGUCCCUCCUCGCGCCGCCGGGUGGCCGCCUGGCUGCUCGCGCUGCCGUCAGGGAGAGGAGAGGAAUGCGCGCGCCGCGGCCGCCUGGAGAUGAUCUCGUUUUGGCUGCUCUGCUGGAAGCUGCUGAGAGCUACAGCAGGACUGAGGAGGACCACCCCUGAGCUAACAGACGGUAGCCACGACAACAGUAGCCCCGGCAACGACAACCCUGUCAGUGACUCUCCCACUGCUGCACCGCCGGUGGAUUCGGUUACCAUGGAGAUCAGCCCCUCACCCCCGCUAACAGACCUAGAAAGAGACAACUUGUUCAGCUGCCGUAGCCCAGAAGAAGAAGAACUCCAUUACCCAGAGGGCCAUGGGGCAGAAGAACAGGUUGCAGGGGAGGAAAACGGAAAGGGGGACGAGUGUGACUAUCUGGUGUUUGAGAUUGGAGAGAAGGAAAGAGAGAGAGGAGAUGAGAGCAAAGGAGGAGAGGAGGGAGGAUAUGGGGGGAGAGGGGAGACAGAGGGUGAGGACGAAGGCAGAGGGGAAGUAGAAGGAGAAGAAGAAGGGAGAGGAGAAACAGAAGGAGAAGUUGAAGGGAGAGGAGAGAGAGAAGAUGAGGAAAGAGGGAAAGUCGAUGGAGAAGAUGGAAGCAGGGGAGAAACAGAAGUUUGGGGGAGAAGGGAAGUAGAUGGAGAAGAUGAGGGGAGGAAAAUGACAGAGGGAGAGGAUGAAGGGAGUGAAGAAACAGAAGAUGGAGGAAGAGGAGGCGUGAAGGAAGAGGAUGGAUGGAUGGGAGAGAUGAAAGACGACACACUCUCAGACCUCCUCCUCAUCACUGACAGCUCCUCAGCCGAGCCGCCGGCCGACGCUUCGGAUCCCUCUCAGGCCUGGAGCCAUGACCUCGGCAACAGGGACGACCUUAGCGACGGUCACCUUAGCGACGGUCACCUUAGCGACUGCCUCCAAGCCGAGCUGGCCAUCGUAUAUUCGGACAGCGACGCAGGGGAGGACCAAUGGGCGGCCUUCGCUCCCAGUGAUGUCCCCAGCCAGGUGGAAGGAGAGCUUCCUGAUAGUUUAGAGAACAAGGAGGUGAAAGGAGGCAGUGAGCAGGAAGUAGAAACCAGGAGAGAGGAGCAGAGAGAGCAGGAGAGGAAGGACGAGGAGGAGCAGAUGAGGACAAGAAGGGAUCUCUUCCUGAGAUCUCCUUCAGUCAGUUCCACAGCCAGCUCCAUCGACCCGGACAGGAGGGUUCCUGCAGAUUUCAGCGUUCACCAGGACACCCUCAGCGAACACGUCUCCACAGAGCAUGUGGACUUCCUGUUGGCCCGCCAGCAGUGGAGGAAGAUGGAAGAGGAGGUGAAAGGUCGGCCCAUCCCCAAACCGGGACUGAGAGCUCAGGGGAGCUUCCAGGGAACCCACACCUCCCUGUAUCCCCCAACUAGAAGCCCCCGACUCAAACACAGGGAAGUUCAACCCUCCGUGUCCAGGGAGCCUCCUUUGUCCUCCACCAUGUCUCCCAGUUCAGAGGACUCGGGCCUGGACGACUCGUCGUACCGCAGCCCGCUGGAGGAACACGAGACUGCAGUGGAGAGAGAGAUCCGGAUGACUCUGGAGAGAGAAGAACGACACCGCAGAGAGAGAGGAAUGAUCGCCCAGGGCCUGAGUAUACCCAGACCGUCCACCCUGCAGACAGGAAGAUCUCCUCCCAGACCUCCAGCCUGCAGAACCCCGACUCUGUCCAUCUCCCCAUCUCCUUCCUGCUCCUCCUCCCUGCCCAGAUCUGUGUAUCAUGAAAUGACGGCCAACAACGUCAUCAUCCUGGAGCCCGACUCCUCCAGCUCCUCCUCCAGGAGCCGCCUGCUGUCCACGGCCAUCGGCGGCCUCUCCGAUUGGCCAGCCAGCCAGGACGCGGUGUCAUCCGCCAAUGUCAUCGUCGUGGAAACCUCCAACCUGAUCAUUCGCAGCGCCUCCGAGUUCUGCCUGAGCUCCGCCCCCGUAUCCAUGGAGACGCAGGAGAGCACCUUCACCUCCAACCCGUUCUUCAAGCUGCGCUCCCUCAGCAGCCAGUCGCUGGUGGAGCAGGAGAUCCGGAUGGUGAGGCAGAGGGAGGAGGAGUGGAGGAAGCAGAGGGAGGAGAUGUGGAGGAGGAGGAGAGAGGAGGAGUGGAGGAAAGGGAGGGAGAGGUACGACACAGUGCUGGUGUCUCCAGGACUCAACGAGAACAUCAGCUUCAACGUGCCAGAGGUUCUAGACAGAAGUGUUUCGUCCCCGUCGUCCCCCUCCAGGACCCGCAAAAUGGAACGAUCUAGUUUGUCAUGUGACCACAAGUUCCCUCCUUCCCUCUCCUCGGUGCCUCGACGACAGAACGCCAUGGCGCAGCGAUGGGAGGCCUCCCUGCUAGCCAAUCAGAAGAAGGAAUGAGCGGCGAUGGUGCUCGACUGUCCACCGAUUUAACAGCCAAAACCCGACACCCGUUUCUUCCUUCUUCCCUCCAGAGAACUCAAAGCUUCCGUCUGUCAGCAGCCAGUGUUUAUGGAAAUGUCUGUCAAAGGGUUUGAACCCAAAGUCUGUUUUCUGCUGGAUGGAAGAGAAAACGACCAUUUCUGUCUGGAAGCAAAGUAACAGUAAUUAACUUUGUUUGGGUUUCUGUGAUGUUUCAGUGGUUGGAAAAGUCAAACUGGUCUUUUGCAUGAUGUCUGAAACAGUACGACACACUGGAACUGUCUGUAGUCUCACAUUUCUCUUCCAUAAAUUAACAUUUGUGGACUCGACUCACGUUCCAAGGAGGUGAAUCCCAGUACCAGUUCACAUCGCUGCUUCUGAUAUUUCAUGCAAGCUUCAGAAGCACACGUUAAAACAUGCCAUAUUCUCCUUCAUAUUUAAGAUUUACAGCACCUUGAUUCCUAGAUGUAAAUGAAUUAUCGCACUGAUACAACUAUUUAUUGAUAUUUAUCCAUUUUUAUUCAUAUGACUGACUGUAAUGCAGUGAUUUUCAAACUUUUUCUGGGAAGUCACGUUUUAAUUUAAAAUUUUCUCUCUCUCUCUCUCUCUAUAUAUAUAUAUAUAUAAAAUUAUAUAUAUAAUUAAAUAUAUGUGUGUAUAUAUGUAUAUAUAUAUACAUAUAUACACACAUAAUUACAUAUAUAUAUACAUAUAUAUAUAUAUACAUACAUAUAUAUAUAUAUAUAUAUAUAUAUAUAUAUAUAUAUAUAUAUAUAUAUACAUAUAUAUAUACAUAUAUAUAUAUAUAUAUAUACAUAUAUAUAUAUAUAUAUAUACAUAUAUAUAUACAUAUAUAUAUACAUAUAUAUAUAUAUAUAUAUAUAUAUGUAUAUAUAUACACACAUACAUGUGACUCUAAUUUUAAAAUACUAAAGCUAUGCAUUGCAGAGAUUUGAGAAGGCACAUGCAAAAAUAAUUUAGCAUGUUGGGUCCUUUUCAAAUGACAAAUCAUGUAUUUUGAAAGCGCCCUCCUAGACUUUGAAAAUCACUGCCUUAUUGAAGCGUUGAUGUAAAGAGCCAGGUUUCUGUCGGCUUCUUGGACUAAAUAUAUUCAUUCUUUUUUGAGGAUAUUAAACCUCAAACCUGCAAGCCAUGCUACUCCCUCGUAUUCCUUUGGCAGCAUAAAACACAAAACAAUGAGGUGUGGACAUUUUAGAGGAAAGCUGUUGGUGUUCUCCUCAAAGCUAACGAAACGUCAGCUUGUUUUUAAGUGUAACUUUUGGUUAGCUUGUGAACCAUUUUCCCAUAAACCUGAAGAAACCUCCCGCUGCCUGGACGGUUUGCAGGAUGCAGCCUCAGAGCUCCUGUGUGUAGACUGAAUGCAGAGCAGACUGGUGUGUUUUCACUCUGGGAGCUCUAAUGGAGAUGUUCUCCACAGACUUUUGAAAAAGCAGGAAAAAGGUCAGGUUUCAGACACAACGCCUUGCUAACUAGCUUGCAGCUAACACCUCAGCAGUUAUCCCAUUAGCUGUUUAGGGCGAAUCAUCGGAUUGUAAAAACGCUGUCAGCUCAAGGUGAAAAUUCACAUUCAGUCUGAACACAACUCUGAAAUGAGCUGCCGCUUCCCUGUAGGGGUUUCAUGGUUGUCAUGACAACUGAUUCCAUUUAGCAUUGGAGCAUAAACUGUACACAAAAGAUGGAAAUAACAACCACGGCAUCACCCAUUGGCUUGUGGACUACUGUUUUUAGACCCAAAUUUUGCCAUUUGGCAGUCAUUUUGUCGUCUCCCCGAGUCUGCAAGAGUCCACAUGGACCCCACUGUAGACGUCCAAGACUUGUGUUUGCACAGCAACUAUGCUACAGGUGCACUAGCUCAGCAAUAGUGUGAAUGCGUAGCCUCCUAUGAACUGGAAAGUAGUAUAAUACCAGCAACUGUUUGUCUGUGAUAGCCACAACUAUCUGUGUGUGCAUCCACAAGAAAGUAUAAUCAGUUUUAGUAUCUUGAAACCAGAUAAAACUUGUGUUCUGACUGGAGAACUGGAGGAAACUACUAUUACAGUAGUGACCUAUAGACCACAACAUAGCCUACUGUGUGGCUUAUUUUACAGUAAAUAAAACCAGAAUUUACUAAAUGAAUGUCACGCUUUAUUGAAUGAGACUUAAAACAAGCGUUGAAGACCAUGACCUCAUUAGAAAAAUGUUUACUGAGGUCGCAAAUCAAUUAAAAAGUAUGGUUUAUGUCCUCAUAGAUGUUGAACCAAGAGGAGUCGCCCCCUACUGUCCAGUCAAAACAAAGCAGCUUUGAGCCUUUUCUGUAUGAGCUUCACUUCUGACACCUCGAGGUUCCUUCCAUCUUUUCUGUACAGUUUGUGUUUGGAGGUGUUAGCAUGAAGCACUUACUGACUAAAACUGUCCUUCUGUGAAAGAUACUCUGAUAUCUGAUCCUCUAACUUUAAGGUCUAGUGAAGAUUUUUACAGAUUUCUAUGUCCUGUCUUGAUUCCUAAAGAGAGAUUUAUUGUAAUGUAUUUUUGCUGCAUAUAUUUAUGAAUUGAGCAAUGCUUCUGAAUCCUUAAAGCUUUUCUUUGUAAAAGGUUUCUAAUAUAUUGUGACCGUUUGACUACUGAAAAUGUGAAGCCAUGUUUUCUAGGAGAUGACUUUUGUGUGUGGUGCGUGCAUGUGUGUGCGAGCGUUUACCAGUCCGUCCUCCUUACAUCAGCUAGCCUGGCCUAUCUGCAGUAGAACACAACAAACUGGGUCCCCAGUAAAGGUUAACUCAGAAAUGGGAUGAAACAGAACAAAGUGGAGCGGUGACCAGCAGUUUCCAUUUAGCAUCACUAUUCUGUACUCAGUGCUAAAAGCUUUGAUGUGCUGCCGUACAAUAAAUACUGAGGAACCAAACAAUCUAGAAAACUACGUUGGAGUUGUGAGUCUGCACACAUGAAGUAGCCUAUGUCUGCAUUUCCUGCCAUAAAUGUAGGUUUGAAACACAUUUUACACACUGGAAGAGGCAAAGUGUGUUAAAAAUUCCUCUGCAUUGUGGUUGAUGGUAUUUUUUUUCAUUUUCUGCCCACACCUUUCAAAUAAAGAGACCAAGAACCUUGGAACAAAACAAAAACUAGAAACACCAUCCAGUCCACACAUGGGCUAACGCUAGCUACUUUAGCUCCAUUAUGUUUUCAGCGCAGGUAACAGAAUAUAUCGCAGCUGUAAGCCUUCAGAUCUUAUUAACGCAGCAAUAAUUUCCAAAAUGACCACAUUCUUGGAGGGCCCAGAUUUAGUAAAUACGACCAUAAUGACCAGUGAAAAACUGACUGACGUGCUUAGAAUGGGAGUCAGUUCAAAUCAUCCAGUAGCUGCUUUCAGGUCUGGCCUCAGCUUUGAGUCAUGGAAGCUGCUGCUUGAGUCAAACUUUUUGUGCUCAAUGGACAAGAUUUCAAAAUCAAGCAGUUCCUCAAAUCCUUGGGUUUGGUUGCUUUUGCUUUUUGCACAUCAAAAAUAUGACUUUACACGAUGUAAAAAUGACAGAAAUCCAUGUCCUUUAAAGGUCCCACACAGUGAAAAUCCAUUUUUAGUGUGUUUUAAAUUUAGAGGUUUAAAAUGUAAACUGUUAGCAUUUUAAAUAUUAGUACUUCUUUCCUAAGAGGAUGGUUUUAAAAUGAAGAACUGACUCUUACACUCUUUGACUUAGUUGUAGAAGUUUCUCAAAAACAUUUUCAGAACAAAUAAAUGGAACAUCUUCGCAGUAUUUUGAGCUGAAAAACUGAAUGUCACAUUGUGAGACUUUGAAGAAUUUGCUGAAAAGAAAAACAAAACGGGACGUUUAAAUGCAGGAUUGAGGGAGAGGAAAUAGCUUAAAUUGAUCAUUAUUAAAAAAAAAACCUCAUCCACCUCUUAUUUAUGGAAAUAUUACCAAAACCUCACCUUUAAGAGCCUAUCAUUCUUAAAACUCAGUACUUGCUAAAGAUUGGCCCACUGAUGACCACAAACAUGAGAAAAAAACCAAACCCAUCACAAAGAAGUCUUAUACUCAGAUGUUUUAGGGGAAAGUUCUAGAUGCUCAAAUGGCACUUGACUGUUGUAUUAAUGCAGACCUAAAAGAGUCUGAAUGUGGCGUUUAAAGCUCCAGGUAGUUGUGUAUGAAUUCUGCUGCUCCAUCCAAACAUCAGCUGGGUUUCCUGUCCAACCACUGAUCCACUGUUUGACCUGUAAUUUCAUGGAAGCUGAAGACUUGUAUUCAAUCUCACACUUGUUUUUUGCUCCAUUUUUAGUUUUAGUGACAGUUUAUGGCAUCAACACUUUAGUUUUAGUUUUGUUCUGGAAUAAAAAUGCAUUUAGACUCAGAUCUUCUCGUCAGCUGUAGUAGAACUAACGCCACCUCUCAGAGAACACGAGGAGGACUUGCCUGGACAGACAGCUGUUUUCCUCUCUACUGUCAUUUAUUUUGCUUCUGUUUAUUAGUUUGUUUGCCUUCUCUAGUUUCUGUUAUUUAUUAUUGCCAAAUGAAAGGUCUGGUGAUCUUCAAUAAAGAGUGACUCCUGA